AUGACAGAGAAGAGGGGAUUUCCUGUGGGAAAAUCAGGCAAUCCCAUUGCCGACAUCAACAAGAGCUUUCAUUUUCUCCAGAAAAAGCACCCUAGCAGGCUCUGGAUUAGCGAGAUGGUGGCUUGGCUGGUGCUGGCUCUGUUCCUGCACAAAGCCCCACCGGCCACAGCCCGUGCCACCGUGAAGGUGACAGGAGUGGUGGGGAGAGCAGUGUUGCUGGGAGCCGACAUCCCCCUGGGGUUCCAAGUCAGGGAUGCCAUCUGGAGGUACCUAGCGCCGGCAGAAGAGCUAGUGGCCACCUACUUCAGGGGCUCAGCGGAGACCCUGUACCAAUCCCGUUUCUAUGGGCGGAGCCGGCUCCACAGUAACCUCACCCUGGAGAUCAGUCAGGUGGAACUGGGAGAUAGCGGCACCUUCUCAGCCCUGCUGGUGAACACACGAGGACAGACGGAGACGCGCAUGCUGCACCUGGCAGUCUACGAAGUGGUUUCCCAGCUGACACUGCAGGUGUUCACAUCAGAGAGCAGCCGCAGUGGCUCUGCGAGGGUCUGCGAGGUGUUCCUGACCUGUGUGGCGGCCAGUGGCACCAACGUAACCUACAGCUGGGGCAGGACGGAUGGCAAGGUGCUGAGCAUGGACAAUCACUCUCUCUUUGAGGCUGGCCUGGUCCUAUGGGCUAAGCUGGGCCCCUCGGAUAGGCAGGUAUCCUAUACCUGUACUGCAGCCAAUGCUGUCAGUUGGGAAUCAGCUACCAUCGCACCCUGGGAACACUGCCAGAGGGAAACAGGUGCGGAAGAUGCCGUGUACGACUAUAGAAACAUCCUGCUCAUUGCUCUGCCCCUCUCUGUCCUGGUCCUGGCAGUGGUUGUCUUCGGGCUCCUUCUCUCUCGGAAGCGCUCAGGGAAGCAAAGAACGAAAUUGCUGUUGGAUGCCUCGGAGCCUGCCGCGGCCCCUGUCUAGGAAUUGACACUGUGUACAGAGCAGAGGCAUGUCCUUUUGGGAGAGCAGCCCUCCUUUCUCUUCGUCGCUGGCAUGGAAGAAAGCUCACAGGGUUUGCUUGACCCACAUUCUCUUUUCUUCUGGAGAAUUUCUCAGGGGGCUGGCAGCUUCCAUUGCCCCGGGGACUGCUGGGUGACUGUGAGAGUCACUGUGGGUCAGGAUCCCAGCACAGACUUGCUUUCGGCCACAGAAGCAUUAAUCAGCCCUCAGAGAAGUCGCUCACCCUUUGCACUGUGUUUCUCUCCCAGUUCCCCAGACCCCCACAUUAAAAACCAUGCAGACAUUUUUACUGAAUUUGCUUGUUUCUGUCUAUAAUUUUCAUCAACAUUGCUGAAUAGUCCUGACUAGUAGUCCUCUGCUAGUUAACAUUUUAUCGGUGACCUCACAGAAAACAGAAAAUCAUUACUGAUGAAGUUUGCAGUUGACGGCGGAGGGGUAAAUAAUGAAGAGGACUGGUCACUGGAGGGUAAUAUUAUAAAUGCCAGUCAACAUGGUUUAUGAUAAAUAAAUCCUGAUACCAAAAGGGUUUUGAUGUGCUGCCCCUAAACGAUUGGCUAAGACAAUGACCAGGGUAUGAAUAAGGAUGUGCCAUUGAAAAGGCCUGCUGAGUAAAGAUGGAGCUGCUGAAAAGACCCUUCAAUCUUUCCUUGUCACCACUCUGUAGACAAGUGGCUCACGAAGAGAUGUUACAUGGGCAAGGUUGUGAAAA